GACAGGUUGCCAUAAGGACUCAUCAUGUUUCCAUCUAUUUUUCCUUGGACGAGUGGGACUAUAUAAAAGGAAACAAGGACAUUUAUGAGGAUGGGGAGAAGGAGGAGCCUCAGCAGCUCCACCCACUGGGCAUUGGAGGACUAUUCGGCCCACUGAGCUUGUCCGUCUCCCUUCUUUGCCAUGCCCAUUUCUGUUCAUGUCUUUGGGCCUAAGUGAGAUUGAGCUAAGCUCCAUAUUAAAGAAAACAUGAAUGUACCGUGAAUAUGAAGAUAAGAGAGAUAUUACAGCUGAUCUGGGAGGAACAUUAUGUUAUACUAAUGAGCCAAACAAGACUGGGACUGAAAAAGUAGAUUUUUGUGCCAAUGGAAAUCUCGCAAACUUGGAAACUCCUCCAGACGAACAGCCCCCAACAGCCAAUGGGAUUAAAGAGGAAGUGGCUUCAUGGGAAGAGGAAAACCAAUCAGAUUGCAGCAUUAAUCCACUUACAGAAGUGAUACAGGGAACAGAUACACUUACUCCUAUCAUGGGAUGCAGCCUGAAUAACAGCUUGUCAGAUGAUAAUGUAUCAAAUCCUAUUAAAGAGGAAUUUACUUUAUGUGAAGAAGGAAACGUUUCUGACUUUAGAAUUAUUACUGUUUCAGAAUCUAUGCAGGAAACCAAUACAUCUUCUCCUAUCAUGGGAUGUAGCCUAAAUAGCAGCUUGUCAGCCAGAUAUGUUUCAGAUGGGAUUAAAGAGGAAUCUGUUUCAUGGGAAGAGGGAAACCAAUCAGAUUGCAGCAUUAAUCCAUUUACAGAACAGAUAAAGGGAACAGAUACACUUACUCCUAUCAUGGAGAUGAAUAACUCUUCUGAGUGCCAUAAAGAUUUUACUACUGAAGCCGGUCUUCUCCAGCAUCAGGAAACUCACAACAAAGUAAAUCCAUUUGUCUGUUCUGUGUGUGAGAAACAUUUUGUGUGUCAUUCAGACUUUAUUGUACAUCAGAGAAGUCACACACAAAAGAAACCAUUUUCUUGUUCUGAAUGUGGCAAAUGUUUUCCUUCUCGCAGACAUCUUACAAUACAUUACAGAACACACACAGGGGAGAAACCAUUUACCUGUUCUGAAUGUGGAAAAAGUUUUGCAGAUCCUUCAAGCUUUAAUAUGCAUAAAAAAUCUCACACAGGAGUGAAACCAUUUUCUUGUUCUGAAUGUGGCAAACGUUUCACCCGUCGCACAGGCCUUAAGACACAUCUCAGAAUUCACACAGUAGAGAAACCAUUGACUUCAACUUUAACUCAGUGUCAGAAAUGUUUUGCACAUCACUCUGAUAUUGACAGACACGACUGCCUUCAGAAAGAAGAAAAACCACUCACAUGUGCCCCAGACCUUGUACAUCACAAGGUUCACACAAAAGAGAAACCAUUUUCUUGUUCUGAUUGCGGGAAAUCUUUUGCUCGUCGCUACCAUCUUGCUGAGCAUCAGAAAACUCACACAGGGGAGAAACCAUUCACUUGCACUGAAUGUGGGAAAUGUUUUGCACGUAUAUUACAGCUUACUGUGCAUCACAGAAGUCACACAGGAGAGAAACCAUUCACUUGUAAUGAAUGUGGGAAAUGUUUCAGAUAUCAUGGAGAGCUUAAAACCCAUAAAGUAAUCCACACAGGGGAGAAACCAUUUUCCUGUUCUGAAUGUGGAAAAGGUUUUGCCCGUCGACAAGACCUUACUGUUCAUUUCAGAAGUCACACAGGAGAGAAACCAUUCACUUGUACUGAAUGUGACAAAUGUUUCACCUGCAUGUCACAACUAAACAAACAUCACAGAGUUCACACAGGAAGCAAACAGUUCACUUGUACUGAAUGUGGCAAAUGUUUUACCCAUAACUACGGCCUCACUGUUCAUUCCAGAAUUCACACAGGAGAGAAACUAUACACUUGCACUGAAUGUGGGAAACCUUUUACCCGUAUGUCACGACUUACCAAACAUCUCAGAAUUCACACCGGAGAGAAACCAUUCACUUGUACUGAAUGUGGCAAAUGUUUCAGUGAUCGUGCAAGCCUAAAUUCCCAUAAAAGCAUUCAUACAGGAGAGAAACCAUUUUCCUGUUCUGAAUGUGGAAAAGGUUUUACCCGUCGCCAAGACCUUACUAUUCAUUUCAGAAUUCACACAGGAGAGAAACCAUUCACUUGUACUGAAUGUGGGAAAUGUUUCAGCCGUAUCUCGCACCUAAACGGACAUCUCAGAAUUCACACAGGAGGCAAACAAUUCACCUGUGCUGAAUGUGGGAAAUGUUUCAGUGAUCAUGCAGGACUUAAUUCCCAUAAAAGUGUUCAUACAGGAGAGAAACCAUUUUCCUGCUCUGAAUGUGGAAAAGGUUUUAGCUGUCGCCGAAACCUUACGGUUCAUUCAAGAAUUCACACAGGAGAGAAACCAUACCCUUGUACUGAAUGUGGGAAACGGUUCAGACAUCUUUCAGGCCUUUAUUCUCAUAAAAGUAUUCAUACAGGGCAGAGACCAUUUUCUUGUUCUGUAUGUGGACAAGGUUUUACCAAUCGCCAACACCUUACCAUUCAUCUCAGAAUUCACACAGGAGAGAAACCAUUCACUUGUUCUGAAUGUGGGAAAUGUUUCACCCGCAUCUCCCACCUAAAAGGACAUCUCCUAGUUCACUCAGGGGGCGAACUAUUCACUUGUACUGAAUGUGGGAAAUGUUUCAGUGAUCGUGCUGGACUUAAUUCCCAUCACAGAAUUCACACAGGAGAAAAACCAUUCACUUGUACUGAAUGUGGGAAGUGUUUUAUGCAUCGUUCCCAGCUCACUGCUCAUUCCCAGUCACACACAGGAGAGAAACCAGUAACUGAACAUAUAACAAUGAUGAGUGAAUAACAUACAGUUGUGAUGCUACCAAAUUAUCAUUCAUUUUGGAUAACGCAUGAUUUCCUUUUAAUAAAAUUUUAAUCCUU